AUGGAUGUUGCCAGACAUGUUGUCGUGAAUGAGGGUGGUGCCUUGGGCCUUCUUCGGGGCAUCUCACCAACGUUGUUGAGGGAGAUACCAGGAAAUGCUGUCAUGUUUGGGGUCUAUGAACUGCUCAAGACGCUGAUGGCAAAGAGUCAGGGAUUGCCUGACACGUCUGGGCUGGGCACACUCUCUUUGGGAACAGCGGGGGCUGUUGGAGGAGCUGCCUUUUGGCUUGUCAUGUACCCUGCAGAUGUCAUCAAAAGCAAGAUUCAGAUCGACAACGUGCACAGGCCGAUUUACAAGGGAAUUGUGGACUGUGCUAUUAAGGUGCAUGCUUCUGAGGGAAUGGCUGGACUUUACCGUGGGUUCGCCCCUUGCAUUGCAAGGUCCUUUCCAGCCAAUGCUGCUUCCUUCUUGGUGUACGAACUGGUGUCUGGAUUCCUGAACGGGCGCAGUAAGUACUGA